GAAAUUUUCAGAAAUUUAGCACUUAACCUCAAAAUUUAUAAAUAUUAUUCAACAAAUUAAUUCAAGGAAAAUUUGAUAAAUUAGCAGCUUAAUUCAAUAUGUCAUACAAAUUGGUGUGCGGAGAUGUCUUGCAGUUUCAGGAAACUUUAAAGCAUAUGAGGAAUCUAGAUGAUUCUAUUAUCUAUGCAUUAAACAUAUCACUACCAACGGAAUCAAUAAAGGCAAGAACGUCAUCUAAUCCAGAAAGAAAUUGUCAGGAACUUUUUGAGAAAUUAAAGACUGGAUAUGCCGAAAGAGAUAAAGUGAUCAAAGAAUGUAUUCAAGUAAGUGCCGAUCAAGUCAAGCUUCUGAAGAAACAACGAGAAGAAGACAUGAAUGAUUCAAAUAUUGAGAAAAAGUUUAAAACUGAGCAGCGAAAGUUAAGAGUACUGAAGCAAGAACAAGGAGUUGAAGAUAUUGUGAAAGACAGAACAUUCAAGGCUUUCAAUGAGAGAUGUAGGCAAUUUUAUGCAAAAGAUUCAUUCUGAUCUAAAUUCUACUAAUCAGUUUACUGAAGUAAAGUUGUGCAUUUUUUUGUAGUUUUCAAUCAAUUCUUAAUAAUUAAAAUAAAGCUUAGAUGUAAUAAAGAUUUUGGUCAUCAAUUUAGAAUAAAAGGCACUGUCGCUUUUGAAUGACAUUUAUUGC